ACCUAUAAAAUGAAACGAGAUGCAUCACACGCUGGCAGUUGGUACACUGCAGAUAAAGAUAACCUCAACCAUGAACUGGAUUUAUAUUUUGAGAAAGCCAAUACAAGUCCUCUACAAGGCGUAAGGGCCAUUAUCGGACCACACGCAGGAUUUCGAUACAGUGGUCCAACUGCUGCUUAUGCUUACAAAUUAGUCGAUACAACACAUAUAAAACGCGUAUUUUUAUUAGGCCCUUCACACCAUGCUUAUAUCGAUGGUUGUUGUCUGUCUAAAUGCGAUAUUUACAAAACACCUUUAGGGAAUCUUAAACUGGAUAAGCAAGUGAUUCAAGAUCUUUAUGAAACUGAUCAUUUUGAUUAUAUGAGAAAGAAUGUGGAUGAAGAUGAACAUAGCAUUGAAAUGCAUUUACCAUUUACGUUCAAGAUAUUUCAGGAUAAGAUUGAGGAUAUCAAGAUUGUUCCUAUUCUUGUUGGAGCCACUUCAGAGAAACAAGAAAAGCUCUAUGGUGAUUUACUUGCCAAGUAUCUUGAAUCACCCGAGAAUUUGUUUAUUAUCUCGUCUGACUUCUGUCAUUGGGGUUCUCGUUUUGAUUAUACUUACUAUACAAAAAAGAAAGAAGACAAGCCUGUCUUUCUUCAUUCUCGUAACCAAGAUGCAGUUUCUCGACCUAUUCAUGAGUCCAUCAGAGAAUUGGACUAUCAAGGCAUUCAAACAUUGGAAGACCUGAGUUUUUCUAAAUUUCAAGCCUAUUUGAAACAAACACAAAAUACAAUCUGUGGUCGACAUCCUAUUGGUGUCUUAAUGGCUGCUCUUGAGAUACUCAAGGACUCUUCAAAACAAACUAUUCAAUGUGUUCAUUAUGAUCAAAGUAGUCAGUGUAAAGAUGUACGUGACAGUAGUGUGAGCUAUGCUAGUAUUUAUGUUCAAAUUCAAUAAAUAAAAUAAUUUUUCUUUAA